ACUGGUUUCACCGGUACCUUUGAUUAUUCAGACCUCCCUUCUCCGUGCGAUAAGACUGAAGUGCAGAGUAUUAUCAGUACAUUGCAGCCUUGCAUCUACUCCCUGGUCUUUAUUCUGGGCCUGAUAGGGAAUGGCCUGGUCCUUGGGACAUACGUCCAUUACAGGAGAAUGAAGGCAAUGACUGAUAUGUACUUGUUGAAUCUGGCCAUUGCAGAUCUCCUAUUCCUCCUCACCUUGCCUUUCCUGGCUGCCAGUUCCCAAACUGGCUGGAUCUUUGGAAAAUUCAUGUGUGUAAUUGUGCAGAUCUUAUACAAAAUGAACGUGUACAGUGGCUUCCUUUUCCUGAUGUGUGUCAGUGUUGACCGGUAUUUUGUGAUUGUCCGAGCCACUGUUGCUCACAGACUUCGGUACAAACGACUGCAAUACAGUCGUUUCAUUAGCUUCAGUGUUUGGUUCCUGUCCUUGUUCCUCAGUCUUCAGCAGUUGAUUUACACCAAAGUGGAAACAAGUCCUGAAGCUAUCUGCUCAGUCAGUUACCCUGAGAACAUGAACAUUUGGAUCAGAGUGGCUACACCAAUCCUGCAGAUGGUGCUGGGAUUCUUUCUCCCAUUAUUAGUCAUGGUUUUCUGUUAUUCUGUUAUAAUUAAGACUUUGUUGCAGGCUCGAAACUUUGAAAAGCAUAGAGCAAUCAAAGUGAUUCUGUUAGUGGUUCUGAUAUUUAUCAUUUUCCAAGCACCAUACAACAUCCUCAAUAUUAUCAGCGUCAUGGUCACAUUGAGGGAGAGUGGUCUUCCUUGUGCUGAAAGUAAGCAGAGGGACAUUGCUGAGCAGGUGACCAGCUGCCUGGCCUAUACCCGCUGUUGUCUCAAUCCGAUCCUGUAUGUCUUUGUUGGAGUGAAAUUCAGGAAUAACCUGUUGAAGCUGCUGAGACAGCUGCGGUGCAUGGAACAGAGGCAAACCAUCUCCUCAACCAACAGAUCAACAUCAGGCAUGAACAUAGACAGCAGCAGCACCGUUGCUUGGUAACCUGCUCUGGAUUCCCAUA